AACUCGCCCACCCGCCCGGAUGUGGCGUCACCGCCGCGCCCUGCCGCGACAGACCCCGGGCGGGCGGCCCUCGGCGCGAGCGCGGGGCGGGGCCUUUCCCAGCCCAGCAAAGGGGGGCGGGGCAGCGCCGGGCGCGGGCUACCAUGGCAACCGGAAGGCGCGCGACAGGCUGCCCUCUGCCCCGCAGCAGGUCCGCCGGGCCGCGCGGCGUCCGCCUUCACCGCGCACCCGACGCCGCCCCGGCUUCCACCCACCGCACACAGGCUCCAAACUCGGGUGCGGGGACAGGCCAGGGCUUGCUGGGCCCCAGCCUCAGAAGAGCCCGGCUCUGCAGCCUCCGCUCCUUUCCGGGUGGGCCCAGAUCACCCCGCCAGACUGCCGAGGGCCUUUCAGCCCACAGCAUCCUGGAGUCCUCCUGCUCUGAAGUACUACAGGGAAGUGGCCAUGAGAAACUUCCAGCGCGCUUCUUCCAUCAUCUUGUUCCUUCUCCCCUUCUCCCCAUGUCUUCCAGGCACCCUCAAAGUCACCCUUGGGUGUCCGGGAGAGGUGAGGGACCUGUGCCCCUGGCGGGCUCCAGCCUGGGCUCCGGAGAAGGUAUAUGGCCUGCCCUGCCUGGCAGAACUGAAGCGAAGACUUUAGGAGAUCAAGGGCGGAGCCCCUCUGCCAGGAAGAAGCCCACAGGCCUUGGUGCUCUUCUCCCGGCGUCUUCCCUCACAGGGGUCCAGCCUGGCUCCCCGCCGGGGGGGGGUUUCUUCUGAGGAGGAUCAGGUCUGUUGACCGUCACGCGGCAGGCGGGUGUGUCUCCGCUGUGGCAGAACGGAGCCCGAGUUAUAGCUGCAGCGGGUGGCCGUGCGGGGGUGGGCGGGGGUGCCCUGCUUCAGCCCCAGGCCUGUUCCAUGUGUCCGUGUUCCCAUUAGUCCGGAUUCCCACCCCCACCCUGCCCCACACAUAUACCCACUCCACAGUGCCCUUGAUCUAGAUCAAUGGCUUGUCUAAAGCCCCAGUCGAUGCCCGUUGUGCGCCUCCGGCCCUCCAGGGGAAGGCUGACAAGAGGGCGCGCGGCCCCACGCUAACCCUGUGGUGUCAUUUCGUGUCCUUGCUCCCCAUGGCUCUUACUGGGGGGGGGGGGGCGGGGGGUGUGUGUGUAACGCUUGCUCUCGUGACCACCAGCCUCACCCUCACCCCCACGUUCAGCUCCCUUCUCUGGGAGCCUCAACUGCCCUGGUGAACCAGAGGCUAGGAAGUGACAGGAGCGAAAAGCACCUCAUGUUUGGGGACACUGAUGUAGAAGAGGAGCAGUUCUCUCAGAAGGAGACUGACCUCGGGGCUCGAUGAGGCAGGCCUCAGGUGGCCCCGAUAAAAGGGAUCUGAGUCUCCUGGCGGUGCCUCCUGUGUGGCCAUCUCGAACCAGGCCGGACCCUCUGGGGCUGGAGGUGGAGAAGGUGCCAGCCCCAGAAGGAAAAGGGGCUGGCUGGGUGGCUAUGACCCGGGGAAACAGUUGAUGUGAUCAGAGCAGACAGAGCAGG